UUUACAGACUGCAACAUAAAUAAUAAACAAAUGCACAUGGUCACAGUUUCGGAAUGACAACAAUAACAGCUACACUUCAUUUAAAGACAGGGGGAAAGAAGGAUUUUUCUUACAGCUGCCUCAAUAACGAAGGAUAUGUCUCUCUCACUGAAAUACAUAAAUCAUCUGUUAUCUUACAACAAAAACUAAACACUGAGUUGACAACUCUUGUAGAAGAAGAAAAAUCAAAGCUUUCCAAAUUAGGUGGAAAGUCUGCAGAUACUAUUAAAGAUGAUGAGGAAAAUGAUGAUGACGAUGAUGAAGAUGAAGAAGAAGAUGAAUUAUCUCCUCCUGAUCAAAAGAGACAAAAAACAUAACAUGACUUAUUUAUAUUGUAUUUUAUAAGAUGUUCUCAUAGUCUAGAUGAAGUUUGAUACUGUACAUGUAUAACAAUCAAAUGCAAUGAAAAAUUUCAUAUAAUUUGAAUUUUUUAAUUACUGUACCUUCACAUCAUAUUUUAUGCAGCCUAUUAAAAUUACCUAUUAUAUUAU